UAAGUGUGAAAUACAACCGACGAAGCUUGCUGGUCAUCAGUCGAGGCAAUCUUGUCCGAUCUUGUCCGUACCCUGUACUCUCCAUUCCAAUGCCGUCCUUGUUUCGCGGGAACCCCGUUAGGUCUACCAGUGCAUUGGUUACAACACUCGCAGUGGGAUGGAUGAUAACCAAACUGCUGUCUUCUCUUCAUGCCUUCCAUUUGACACAGACGUCGGUUGCCAUGAUGGCGAUAGCGUCUUUGAUGUUACUGGUGAUGCUUCAUCAUCGACGCGAAGGUUGGAGGGCAUUCACACACGGUAGUGUGAGUCCAGGACAAGCUGGAGCGAUGGGAGCAACGUCGAGCCAUCGAGAAGCAGGAUUCACUGGUGGUGCCUUGCCUUAUCCGUGCUCAGCCGAUGAUAUCUAUUGUGUUGUAGAAGAAUGGUCAUUCUUUUAGGGACGUCGAGAUAAAGGGAUCAUGGUGCAAUGCGACGGUCAUGAACCAUCCCCAAGCAUCCUGGUGGCAUCAAAAGUAUCGUUGAAAUAAAACAUGUGCGGUUGGAUAGCCAAAUGCUGGUGAUAAUUGAUAUGU